AUGACACCCAAUAGGGACUCUUUACAAUCAUUCCCACUUCAGAUUCUACCAGAUUCUACCAGGGUUCUCCUGGUGCCCCGAGACUUAACUAAGGCGGACAUUGGCUUGAAGGCAGCGCGCAGAAUAGAGGCAGGCGAGGUGAUUCUGGUAGUUCCACAAAUGUUCUUCAUUGUGGCCAACUGGAUUGCACUGAACGAGUCAGAGCGCCAUCUACAGCCCUACGACAUGGCACUACCAGACUGGGACUCAUUCACCGUGCUGGCCGCCUGGCUGCUGCGAGAGAGGGCUAAAGGGGCUGCCUCCCCCUGGGCGCGCUACCUGCGCUCCCUGCCCGCCUACGUGCCGCUGCCUGCGCUCUUCCCACAGGACCUGAUAGACCAAUUUGAGCCACGCGUCUCAAGGCAGCAUAUGCCGACCUGCACGAUCUCUGCAGCAGCAACCCUGCUGCCAUCGCCCAUGCCUCUUCCCUCCCUCCUUUUCCCCACCCCAACCCUUCUUCCCCCUCCUCCCUUUGAAAUCCCCCUGCCACAGGCCACGCGGCUCAAGACAGCAUACGCCGACCUGUACGACAGAUGCAAGAGCAGCAACCCCGCUGCCAUCGCCAAUGCAUCUCGCUCCGAGUUCUACUGGGCGCUCUCUAUAGUCACAUCACGCUCCUUCACCUUCUCCCCUUCCCUGCGCGCCCGUGGGGAUGGGGAGGAGCAGCAGGCGGAGGGGACAGACGGGGCGGAGAGGGGCGAGGAUGGGGGGUUAGAUGGGGCGGAUGGUGCAGAUGGGGCAGAAGUAGCAGCAGAGGUAAAGGAAGGAGUGGCAACAGAAGGGGCAGGAGGUGAGGCAGAGGAGGGGCGUUCUGGCAGCAGCAGCAGCAGCAGCAGCAGUGGUGGUGGAAGUGAUGGCGGUGGCAGCAGGGAGGAGGAUUGGUAUGCCACGUCAGCAGCAAUGCUCCCAUUCGCUGAUCUGUUCAACCAUGAUUUCUACUCCAAUGUGGGAUGGAAGCUCUCAGGGGACCACUUUCUCUUCACGACCUACCAAGCCAUCGAGAAAGGAGAGCCGCUGAGGAUAUCGUAUGGAGAGUAUCGCACCGUUGACAUGGUGGCGCAGUAUGGCUUUGUCCCUGUGUACAAUCACUUUCACACCGUCCUGCUCUUCCCCAC